AAUUCUUUUGCUGCCGCAACGCAGCGCUGUCUUCAUAACAAAUUUGAACAACUUGAGAUAGAAACAUUGUCAAGUAGUGGAAAAGGUGUAUUAUCAGUCUAAAAAAACAACCAGAACUGCUGUCAUUAUUUACAGAUAGACCACAGAUGAUUCUUCGAAGGAGAAGUUUGUUACGGGUUCUGCCUGCUCUCGUCAGACAAUUUUCAUGUGCUGAAGGGACAUACGAUGUUGUGGUUGUCGGAGGUGGACACGCUGGCACAGAGGCCUGCGCUGCUGCAGCAAGACUGGGCAGGAAAACCCUUCUUGUCACACAUAAGAAGUCUACCAUAGGUGAAAUGUCAUGCAAUCCGUCCUUUGGUGGCGUCGGGAAGGGACACUUGAUGAAAGAGGUUGAUGCUCUUGAUGGAGUUUGCAGUCGUAUAUGUGAUCUCUCUGGAAUUCAUUACAAGGUGUUAAAUGUGAGGAAAGGACCUGCAGUGUGGGGGCCAAGAGCUCAAAUUGACCGCAAACUAUACAAGAAACAUUUACAAAACGAAAUAUUCAAUCACACUCCUAACUUGGAAAUCAUAGAAGCGGCUGUGGAAGAUUUAAUGAUACAUGAAAAUGGACACUGCACUGGAGUUGUUCUAGAGAAUGGCGAUUAUGUAAGCAGCAAAACUGUAGUAAUAACAACAGGCACUUUCCUCAACGGCCAAAUCAACAUUGGAUUGGACGUUCGGCCAGCUGGAAGAGUAGGUGAUGAACCUUCCAUUGGCUUGGCCAAAACCUUAGAGAGACUGAAAUUCAGGAUGGGUGUUCUGAAAACAGGAACUCCUCCAAGAAUAUAUCGCAGCUCGAUCGAUUUCUCUGAUUGUGAAAAGCACCUAGCUGAUAUGCCACCUUUACCUUUUUCUUUUAUCAACUCUCAAGUGUGGAUUAAGCCAGAGGACCAAGUGCCAUGUUACCUCACUUUUACUACUCCGGGUGUUGAUAAAAUUGUGAAAGAAAACUUGCAUGUAAACCGACAUGUGAGUGAAGAAAUCACUGGACCUAGAUAUUGUCCAUCUAUUGAGUCCAAGAUAUUGAGAUUUGGAAACCGGGCUCACCAAAUUUGGCUGGAGCCUGAGGGGUUAGACUCCGGCCUUAUAUAUCCGGCAGGACUGUCAUGCACUUUACCUGAAGAUCUCCAGUCGCAGCUCAUACGACAGGUGAAAGGCUUGGAAAAUGCUGUCUUAGCAAGACCAGGUUAUGGAGUUCAAUAUGAUUUUGUUGACCCAAGAGAAUUGUGGCCGUCCUUGGAGACAAAGAAAAUUCCUGGACUAUUCCUUGCAGGCCAAAUCAACGGCACCACAGGUUAUGAAGAGGCUGCUGCCCAGGGAAUCAUCGCCGGGAUGAAUGCAGCUUUGCAGGUUUUAGAUCGAGAGCCGUUUGUAAUUAGAAGAACAGAAGGCUACAUAGGUGUUUUGAUUGACGACCUGACUACUCAUGGGACCAACGAACCUUACAGAAUGUUCACCAGUAGGGCAGAGUUUAGGGUGUAUUUGAGACCAGACAAUGCUGAUAUUCGGCUUACAAAGAAAGGCUUCGAUGCUGGAGUCGUUUCCAAUGAGAGAAUGCAAGUUUUGCAGCAAACACAGAGCAGUUUAGAAUACUGUGAAGAAGUUUUGCAGUCUGUGAUGUUGCCGCCGCGAAAAUGGAAGUCGUUGUUUAAAAUGCCAAACAGCACGUCAACUGCAUCCAAAAGUGCUUUCUCAUUGCUCGCCGACUCGAGCAUCAAAGCCACAGUUUUCCAGUUAAGAAACCUCAUGCCAGACGAGCUGAGGUGUUUGGAUGGAACAGAAGCAGUUUGGGACCGCCUUGUGAUUUGUUCCACGUACAAACAUUACGAGAAAAUGCAAACAGCAGAAAUCGAAGCCAUAAAAAAGGAACAGGAGUUGGUCAUUCCCAAGAACUUUGACUACAACAUGCCAAGCUUAAAUUUGUCAAUGGAGGAGCGAGAGAAGUUGGCGUUUUCUCAGCCUCAAACAAUUGCCGCUGCAAGUAGAAUACCGGGAGUCACGCCCAGUGCGGUUUUGCGUCUCAUGGUUUAUGUGAAACAAAAGGGACACAAAGCGCCUGUUGCUGCACGUGGAUAAAAUAAACGAACAUUUUUGAGCGGAAUAA